AUGGCCGCUCUCUCCCUCUCAGCAGGACCACGAUCAGCCUUCGCAUCGCUCACCCGGUGGACAGCGCUCCGACCGAGCUGGUCUCUUCCCUGCGUCCCUUCUAGCUCAGCCUCGACUUCUGCCUCUUCUCCCCUUCCCCGCUCAGCCGUCCCCGCCGGUGAAGCGGCCCUGCCAUCUCUCGAGCGGCCGACUGCACCAUGGAGCUUGUCUCUUAUCCCAUUGCUCGAUUCGCUAGCGGAGUUGUUCCCGCCGAUCUUGCUCGCCGUGCCGAAAAGCAAGGUGUCGCAUUCGAGGAAGAGUAUGAGGAGCGCAAAUAAGGGAUUGAAGAACAAGACGAGUGCGUGUUCCCAUCUCGUCUUUGUGCGGGACUCUAUGUUCAGAGGCAAGGCGAUUGCAGGAGCAUGGAUGGGCGACUUCUCGCAGUGCGAAGCAUGCGGGCUUAUCAAGCUCGCACACAAUGUCUGCCCCAACUGCUACUCGCAGAUAUCACGACGGUGGAAGAGAGAAGCGAGAGGAGAGGUACCGCCUGCUGGAUCCGCUGGAGGAGGAUCGGCGUCCGCGGAGGUAUGA